AUGACAUCAAUCGGCACAGGAUACGACCUCUCGAACUCGGUUUUCUCUCCAGACGGCCGAAAUUUUCAAGUUGAAUAUGCGGUUAAGGCUGUAGAGAAUGGCGGCACUGCAAUUGGGCUAAGGUGUAAAGAUGGUGUUAUCCUUGCAGUUGAAAAGAUUGUUUCGAGCAAGCUUCUUAAACCAGGUGCGAACAAAAGAAUUGGAACCGUUGAUCGGCAUGUUGGAAUAGUAUCAUCUGGUCUUAUUCCUGAUGGUCGACAUUUUAUUUCCCGAGCUAGAGACGAAGCCGCGUCGUGGAGGAACACGUAUAAAGGCGCUGUUCCCACUUCGGUUUUAGCCAACAGACUCGGCGGGUAUGUACAGGCAUAUACUUUGUAUUCGAGUGUUCGCCCGUUUGGCAUCACAGCUAUUCUUGGCGGGUGGGACUCUGAUAUAGAGCUUUCAGUUGAUGGUCAAGUUGGAAACGGUCCCAAAUCAGGUGCGGGUGGUAGAGUGGAGCAUCCGAAAUCCGGCGGCCCUGGAUUAUUCAUGAUUGAGCCCAGUGGGCUGUACUGGGGAUAUUAUGGUGCUGCUACCGGCAAAGGCAGACAAGCGGCCAAGGCGGAGCUCGAGAAGUUGGAUUUGCCAUCAAAUAGGCUUACCUUGAUGGAUGGAAUCAAAGAAGCUGCACGGAUUAUUUACAUCGCUCACGAGGACAGCAAGGAUAAGGAUUUUGAGCUGGAGAUGACGUGGAUUAGUUCGUUGGAAGGUCCAACAAAGGGGAGGCAUAUGGAAGUCCCGAAAGAUCUCCGUGAUGAAGCAGAGAAGGCUGCUAAAAAGGCCAUAUCUGAAGAAGACGAGGAUUAUGAGGAGACUAAAACCGAUGAGGGGGAUAGAAUGGAGGAAUAG